UGUGAAAAGUAUGCCUGGGGCGGGCGCCGGCUGGGCUGCCGCUGCAGGAGGCUGGGAAGCUGAAAAGCUUCGUGGCCCCAGACGCCCCUGGACGUGGCUGGCUGAAGGCGGUGGAGGCAGCGAGGUUCCUGGCUCAGGCUGCAGGAACCUCCAGGCUCCAGCCCUGAGAAAUCCCUUCCUCUCGGCUUGUUCCAGAGCCCUAGGCCUCCACCCAGCCCCUGAGCCCCUGAGUGGGCCAGCACCACUGAGCGGGAUCCCCUGUGGUCCAAAGAGGCUGGAGGGGAAGGACGUGGGCUGGAGAGAAGACCCUCCUCCCUGGAGUGUGGGAGUAGAGGUGACCACCAUGAUCCCCUGGGUGCUCUUGGCCUGCACCCUUCCUUGUGCAGCCGACCCGCUCCUUGGUGCCUUCGCUCGCAGGGACUUCCAGAAGGGAUCCCCUCAACUCAUCUGCAGCCUGCCUGGCCCUCAGGGCCCACCUGGCCCCCCAGGAGCCCCAGGGCCCUCGGGAAUGGUGGGAAGAAUGGGCUUUCCAGGCAGAGAUGGCCAGGAUGGCCAGGACGGGGACCGGGGGAACAGCGGAGAGGAAGGUCCACCUGGCCGGACGGGUAACCGGGGAAAGCCAGGACCGAAGGGCAAAGCCGGGGCCAUUGGGCGGGCCGGCCCUCGUGGCCCCAAGGGGGUCAGUGGUGCCCCAGGGAAGCACGGCACGCCAGGCAAGAAGGGGCCCAAGGGCAAGAAGGGGGAGCCAGGCCUCCCAGGCCCCUGCAGCUGUGGCAGUGGCCAUGCCAAGUCGGCCUUCUCCGUGGCAGUGACCAAGAGCUACCCUCGGGAACGGCUGCCCAUCAAGUUUGACAAGAUCCUGAUGAACGAGGGUGGGCAUUACAAUGCAUCCAGUGGCAAGUUCGUCUGCGGCGUGCCAGGGAUCUACUACUUCACCUACGACAUCACGCUGGCCAACAAGCACCUGGCCAUCGGCCUGGUGCACAAUGGCCAGUACCGCAUCCGGACCUUCGAUGCCAACACGGGCAACCACGACGUGGCCUCGGGCUCCACCAUCCUGGCUCUCAAGCAGGGUGAUGAGGUCUGGCUACAGAUCUUCUACUCAGAGCAGAAUGGGCUCUUCUACGACCCAUACUGGACCGACAGCCUCUUCACAGGCUUCCUCAUCUACGCCGACCAGGACAACCCCAAUGAGGUGUAGACAGGCCAGUGUUGGAUCUUUGGGGAGGGCACCAGCUCCUGGACUUACGCUUCCAGAGAAAGAGCCCUAAACUGUCUGUUGGGGACUGGAAGUUGGGAGCUUCUAACCUCAGGCCCACCCCCUCUGCCCCUUUUGUCCUCCAUCAUUAAAUCCAAGCUUGUUUAUUCAUCCUUCCAUCUA